CGGCGGCGGCGCUCUCCCCGCCCACUCGCCCGCACCGGAUGUUUGCUGCACGGCGGGCGGAAGUGGGUCCGUCUGGAAUGCGUUCCCCCACGGCGCGGUUUCGGGCUCCGGCAGCGGCACCACCGCCGGGUGCGGGCGGCCCGGGCCGAUGAGCAAAGCGUGGCGGCGGGGCAGGAUGGAAGGCGGCGAGCACGGUGAGGAGGACGAUGGCGGCGGGCACGGCGCGCACAAGAAGAAGCACAAGAAGCACAAGAAAAAGCACAAGAAGAAGCACCACCACGAGCCCGCGGCAGCGCCCGAGGCCCCGCAGCCUACGGCCGCCCCGCGGAAACCGCAGCUGAAGCUGAAGAUCAAACUGGGGGGGCAGAUCCUGGGCACCAAGAGCGUGCCCACCUUCACCGUGGUCCCUGAAGCACAGAGUUCCCCCUCCCCGCUGAUGGUGGUGGACGAGGAGGAUGAGCCCACCGAGGGAGUGCCCAUUGAGCAGUACCGGGCCUGGCUGGAUGAGGACAGCAACCUGGACCCCUCCCCUUUGCCGGACCUGGACUCAGAGAGUUGCUUCCCCGCCCGCGAGGAUGAGGAGGAGGAAGAGGAGCGUUGGCUCGACGCCCUGGAGAAGGGCGAGCUGGACGACAACGGAGAGCUCAAGAAGGAAGUGGACGAAUCCCUGCUGACGGCGCGGCAGAGAGCCCUCCUGCACAAGCAGCAGAGCCAGCCGCUGCUGGAGCUGCCCAUGGGCUACAAGGCCAAGGAGCUGACGGAGGAGAUGCUGGUGAAGCGCGAGGAGCGGGCGCGCAAACGGCGCCUGCAGGCGGCCAAGAAGGCGGAGGAGAACAAGAACCAGACCAUCGAGCGGCUCACCAAGACCCACAAGGCCAAAGUGAAGGCGCUGCGGGAGCGCCGGGCCCGGCCGGCCGCCUGCCCCGUGGUGCAGUACCGCAACGCCGCCGAUCUCAUCACCGUCUCCUUCCCCGCGGGCGCUGCGCCGCCGCUGCUGCCCAGCACCGCCCCCCCGGUGCCGCCGGCCGCGCUGUGCGGCGUCAGCGGCUGCGCCAACCGCCGCCGUUACUGCUGCUCCCGCACCGGGCUGCCGCUCUGCAGCCUGGCCUGCUACAAGCGCAACCUGCGGCUGCAGGAGGCCGCCGCCUGACCGCGGGCCGGGACCGAGGCCGCGCUGCGGACGGCAAACAGCCGGCGCCGCCCUUCCCGCGUGCGGCGCCGCGCGUCCCGGUGCGCGGGGCGGCGGCACGUUGGCGGGACGGAACAGCGCCCUGGUUGGUCGGCGUGGCCGUCAAUCUUCAGACGAGUCGUGCGUUCGCUUUUCUUUGGCCGCUCUCUCGCGGGUGGCCGCCCCGGGGGGCGGGCCCGGGCGCGCGGUUGGUGGCGACGCCCGUCCGUCACGCGCGGUGACGGAGGGCGAGGCCGCCGUUGGCCGCGGCUCCCGUCGGUCGCGGCCGGGAGGGCGGGGCCGCGCCUCCGAUUGGCCGCGGGCGCCGCGGGGGCGGGACUCGGUCCCUUUGUCUCUGUUGUCGGGCGUGAGGCGCGGGCAGACGGCCGCCGAUUGGACGAGGCGGGGCGGCGGCGGCGGCUCCGGUUGGCCGGCGGCGGCGGGGCGGCGUCG